AUGUCCAUUAUUGCAAAAGGAGACAAAGAGCAACCGCUCAACAUUGAUGUCAUUGCCGACGCAUCAGACGUUGAGUCAUUAAACUCAAAAUACUCUAAACAAGAUAUUGAAGAUGCCAACGAAAUCUUCCACUAUGAGAACAAAUUGUCCUCGAAAUUGAAUGCAAGAUUGAUUGGUAUGAUUACAUUGGUAGGAGUAUUUGGUACCGGGUUGUUCCUUUCCAGUGGUGGAACAUUACAUACAACAGGUCCAAUUGGAAUGUUACUUGGCUAUAUUUUUGUUGGUUCUGUCGUUGGCGCUUCUCAAGUUUGUCAAACUGAGGUUGCUUGUUUGUACCCUGCAACGUCGUCUUAUGUGACACACGCUGAACACUUUGUUGAUAAAGCACUUGGGUUUGCAAUUGGUAUUGUUAGCACAUAUUCUGCUAUUGUUCCUGGUGAGUUGGGCGCUGUGUCGGUGCUUAUGACCUACUGGUCAGACUUGUCUCCUGCGAUAUGGGUCACCAUCUUUGGUGCUAUUGUAAUCGCCACCAAUUGUUACAAUGUGAAAUGGUAUGGAGAAAUUGAAUUCUUCUUUGGUAUCCUCAAACUUUUACUCUGUGCUGGUCUUAUCCUAACUGGUUUGAUUAUUGAUCUUGGUGGUGUUCCGGGACAGGAAAGGUUAGGGUUUCGCUAUUGGAAAGACCCCGGCCCAUUUGCUGGUAGAUAUGCAACUGGAUCAUUGGGUAAGUUUUUGGGCUUCUGGAAGGCUGUCAACUCAAUUGUCUAUGCUUUUGGUGGAGUCCAAACAAUUGCCAUGUUGGCGGGUGAAACCGAAUAUCCAAGGAGAGCUAUCCAUCGUGCAGCAAAAAGAGUAUUCAUUAGGGUCUUUUCAAUCUAUAUUUUGAUGAUCUUCAUUUUGUCAUUGAUAGUGCCAUAUGAUGAUGAAGUUAUUGCUAAACCGAAUGGAACUGCGUCAGGGUCGCCAUGGGUGAGAGCUAUUUCGUUGGCAGGAAUAAAGGUACUUCCACAUAUUAUCAAUGCCAUUGUGUUGACCUCCGCUUUAUCUGCUGGUAACUUAGGUAUAAUUAAAGGAAGCCGGACCAUUUAUGCCCUAGCUAGUAAAAAGCAAUUACCAAAGGUUUUUUUAAAGGUAAACAAGCACGGAUUGCCCUAUGUCGCUGUAACCUUUUGUUCCCUUUUUAUUCCAUUAGGUUACAUGGCUGUGAACCAUACUUCUGCCAAUGUUUUUUCGUGGUUUCAAAACAUUACAUCAAGCGUGUUGUUAUGUGAUUGGAUCAUCAUUGCGGUUAAUCAUAUAUCUCUUCACAGAGCGAUGAAAGCGCAGGGGUACACAAGAAAAGACUUGCCGUACACAUUCAAGGUUGGUGCUUAUGCUGGUUAUUACUCAUUGUUUUUUUCAGUGUUGUUUUUGCUAACUGGUGGCUUUCCUGUUUUUAUACAUGGUUAUUGGGAUUUCGCAAACUUCUUCAGUGCUUAUUUCGCUAUCGUUUUAGCAUUGGUGUUUUUCAUCUUCGGCAAGUUGCUUUUCAAAACAAAGUGGUUAAAGCCGUCGGAAGUCAAGUUGAAACCAUUAUUUUACGAUGUUGAAUUGAGAACAGAGCCACAAUUCCGGAAAUUGAAAGGCUGGGACUGGAUUGCGUUGUUGUGGGGAUGA